AUCAGAAUGAAAGGUAAAAGCCUCCCAGAGUUAUUAAUGCUUAAAGUGACAGUGGUCAGAUGUUCAAAAAAUGUCCGGGUCCUUAAGGUAUAUUUGGGCUGGGUCCUUAAGGGGUUAAUAUUGAUAUUAAAAUCUGUGUUAUUCUCUGCAGAUUCUUGUACCAGGAGAUCAGAGGAGAAUCUUAUAUCUUCAGAUUAUAAAGCAGAUGAUGAUAUCACACAAGAUACAUAUGAAGAACAUUCCAUUAUCCCAGAUACACCCUCAGCCCUUCACAGCCAAGAUCUCUCAUCUCAUCCUUAUAUACAGGUCCUGUCUUCUCAGUCAUCACAGGAUGUUCAGCAAAAUAAAAGCCACAGAAGGGGUGUUGGACAUCAAAGAGAUUGUGCAAGGAAGAUGCAAUAUUCAUUUUCAGAAUGUGGGAAAUGUUAUCUUACAAAAUCAUAUCUUGUUGUACAUCAAAGAACUCCCAUAGGAGAGAAGCAAUUUUCAUGCUCAGACUGUGGGAAACUUUUUACUAAGAAAUCACUUCUUGUUCAACAUCAAAGAGCUCACACUAGAGAGAAGCCAUUUUCAUCUUCAGAAUUUGGAAAAUGUUUUAAUGAUCAAUCAAAUCUUCUUAAACAUCAGAAAACUCACACAGGAGAGAAUGUAUUUUCAUGCUCAGAAUGUGGGAAACUUUUUACUCAGAAAUCACAUCUUGUUCAACAUCAAAGAACUCACACAGGGGAGAAGCCAUAUUCAUGUUCAGAAUGUGGGAAAUGUUUUUUUCAAAUACCCCAUCUUGUUAAACACCAAAGAACUCACACAGGGGAGAAGCCAUUUUCAUGUGCAGAGUGUGGGAAAUGUUUUACUCAGCAAUCAAAUUUUGUUAAACAUCAAAGAACUCACACAGGGGAGAAGCCAUUUUCAUGCUCUGAAUGUGGGAAAUGUUUUACUCAGAAAUCACAUCUUGUUAAGCACCAAAGAACUCACACAGGGGACAAGCCAUAUUCAUGUUCAGAGCGUGAGAAAUGUUUUAUUGAGCAAUCAAGUUUUGUUCAACAUGAACAAACUCACAAAAGAGAGAAGUUAUUUUCAUGUGUAGAAUGUGGGAAAUGUUUUACCCGGAAAUAUAUUCUUGUUAAACAUGAACGAAUUCACACAGGAGAGAAGCCAUUUUCAUGUGUAGAAUGUGAGAAAUGUUUUACUCAAAAAACACAUCUUGUUAAACAUCUAAGAACUCACACAGGGGAAAAAACAUUUUCAUGUUCAGAAUGUGGAAAAUAUUUUACUGAGAAAUCAAAUCUUGUUCAGCAUCAAAGAACUCACACAGGGGAGAAGCCAUUUACAUGUGCAGAGUGUGGGAAAUGUUUUAGUAGCCAUUCAUAUCUUGUUAAACACCAAAGAACUCACACAGGGGAGAAGCCAUUUUCAUGUUCAGAAUGUGGGAUAUGUUUUACUCAGCAAUCAAGUCUUAUUAAUCAUGAACGAAUUCACACAGGAGAGAAGCCAUUUUCAUGUGUGGAAUGUAAGAAAUGUUUUACUCAGAAAACAAAUCUUGUUAAACAUCUAAGAACUCACAGAGGGGAGAAGCCAUUUACAUGUGCAGAGUGUGGGAAAUGUUUUAGUAGCCAUUCAUAUCUUGUUAAACACCAAAGAACUCACACAGGGGAGAAGCCAUUUUCAUGCUCAGAAUGUGGGAAAUGUUUUACUAUGAAAUCAAAUUUUCUUAAACAUCAGAAAACUCACACAGGGGAGAAGCCAUAUUCAUGCUCCUAAUGUAGGAAAUGUUUUACUCAGAAAUCAACACUUAUAAGACUACUAAGAAUUCACACAGGAGAGAAGACAAUUCAGACCAAUAAAUGAUGCAGAUAACACAUCUAUAUAUUAACCAUGUACAUAGGAUAUCUGACAUGUAUACAUAGAUCAUAUACUGCAUCUCCAAACUUGUUCCCAAUUGUUAAUAAAGUUUUCUUU